UAUAUUGUUAAAUAAAAUUAGAUGGAGUCCAGCUCUUUUUCUUCAGGCACACCUAUGUAUGUAUUAUGGGAUUUGGUCAGAAGUUUAUGGGAUAUAGGUCUCUUAAAGUAGCCAAACCAAGCAAGAAUCGAUCAAGGAGAGUCAGUGCAAAAGGAAUAAGAAAGAUGCAACGUUUUACGGGCAAACGAGCCACUUUGAGCAUGGCUAGCUUUGCCAAAUCGAAUGUUUUUGGAUCAAGUACUUCUGGAGAUAGAUCUAAGAGUGGGUCUUUUCAAGCUAAGGAUAUGCACAAAACUCAGGUUUACAAGAGGGAGGUUAAGAAAAUUACCAAGUCAAUUUAUAAAAGUACUUUUCAUCGUAACUCAAAUCCUACACUUCCACAGUUGGGUAGCAUGUUGCAAAAGAAUCGACAUGUGAAGAAAUCGUUUAUCAGAGCCCUCGCUGGGAAGUUUCUUAUUGAUAAAUUUGUGAUCAACGAAUACUCGAAAGAACGAUACUUCCUUGAAAUAUUAAAAAAGAAACCAAGGAAUAGAACUAAGAGAGAAAUCUCCAGGCUCACUCAGUUUCUAGGUGGUAUCGAGUUCUUCAAGAAAUACAUCAAGGAAGGCAAUGAAGGAGUCGUAGGUCAGUGCAGUUCUCAGCUGAAACUAGCAACCUUUAAGAAAGGAGAAAGAAUCAUGAAAUAUGGAGAACUUGGUGAUAAGUUUUACGUUAUACUUCAAGGUUCAUGCAAACUGUUUCUCAAGUAUAAGGAAACCUUCAUGUUUACAAAUGCUGAUUAUGUCCUCUACCUUAUGUCUCAUGAAACAUUGGGGGAGGAUUACCACAAAGUUCUCAGUAAUUUUAGAAUCAAGAAGGAAUAUGUCAGAGAAUUAGAGCAGUUUUAUGCCCAGCAUAAGGAUAAUUCCUUACAAGUGUUGAACAAAAUCAUCUCUAUGCUUCAUGGAAGAGUCGACAUCUACACAAAACGAAAAUUCAUUAUUUCAUUUCUGAAGCAUCAAGCUACAUUGAAGGACGGACAAGAGUUUGGAGAACUCGCACUUAUCAAUUCAAAACCUCGGUCUGCCACAAUCAUUGCUGAGAAGGAUACCAUAUGUGCUGUACUUGAGAAGGAUCAGUUCAAGAGGAUACUUGAGAAGCAUGAAGUCCAAAAGCAAGAAGUUCUACUUAAGGCAAUCGAAAGCUUCUCAUUGUUCAACAACCUUUCUCGUGUUGCAAAAUCAAAGAUCCUGAAGAUAAUCCACAGGUGAGAAGUAUCCAAAGGAGUUUAUCUAUACAAAGAAGGAGAGACAAAGGAUACCUUUUUCGAAACAAAAUCGGUCAAUUCAGAGCGAAACUUUAGAAAUUUUUACUUUGUGCUCAACGGCGAGCUAGAGGUUACAAAAUAAGGUUAAUUUUAAGGACAAGGCCAAGAUCAAGAAUGGGUCUUUGUGGAGGAAUCCUCCUAAGACUACCAAGCCUAACAAGGUUAAUGAUGGGAAUUCAAAUCCAAACAAUUUUAUCAAAAUUGUGAAAUACUCAAAGCUGAAACUUGAUCCUCUUGAAGUGGUUGGGAACCCCAAUUUUUGGAAGAGACACAGAGUUCUUCUACGGGGUAUAAAAGAAGACGAUAUUAAAAUGGACGCAGAUGACGUCCUAGAUUACGAAAAAGAGGACAUGAAGAAGAAAGACACCUUAAAGAUAUAAAGCAGCUUAAGAUAUCUAAAAUCUUCAAGAGACAGAUUGUUGGCUUGGAAGACAUCAUUCAUCGGUUCAAAGAAAGGUUUACUUCUGUUCAAGUAAUCAGCGAUGAAGCUGAACUGCUUGUGAUUAAUUAUGACAGUCUUAUAAAGAACCUUCCUAGUGAUGAAGAGACCCCAAAUGAAGGGCCCAAGAAAAAUAUGACAACAGUUGAAAUUCUACAGAAUUAUUCGAUGAAAAAGAUAAAUUUUUUGAGUUAUAGAGUUGAGAAAAUCAUUUCUGGAGAAUCUGAGCUUGAUAUUAAAAGAUCUGUGAUUGGGAUAAAGGAAGAAGAGAAAGAGGUUUUAGAAGAAAAGAAUAACGACACUUUGAAAUAGAUUUCAAUACCAAGAAGAAAAAGAGUUUGUGAAUCAACUACAAGGUCUAAAGAUUAAAGGAAUAUGGACUCAAGCACAAAAUAAAAGAGCAUUUGUGAAGAGAUCACCUAAAGCAAAAGAGAAAAUGCCGUUAAAGACCUCUUUUUAUACUCAGUUAAUAAAAGAGGACAGACAAAAGAGGUUAAAGAAGAGAGCAUCUUCAGUGCCAGAAAUCAGGCCUGAAGCUCAUGAGAGAUCUCCCAAAGAUAGAUCUCUAUUAAGUGACAAAGUUAGUUUCACUAAUCAAAGAUUUUUGACUAUGAAAUCAAGGAUAUCUAGGAAACGGAACACUAGGAACGGGAAUCGUAGUGUCAUGAAUAUGCAUAUAAGAACCUUGAAGAAUAUUAACACACCUUUCUUACAAAGUUCAUUGAAAGGGUCUGUGUAUGAUCUUGAGAAAUUGCAUUCUCUGUGAAAUUCGACUACAGUGAACACUGUUGCUCAGUCUGAGGUUCCUUAUGUGAUUCAUUCAUUGAAGAAACCAGGUAAAGCGCCUAGUGCAAUCGGCAGGUUUUAUAACAGAAUCGUCAAGAAGCCACCUAUGAGAAGGUUGAGCAUUCAAGAAUCAUCUUAAUAUUUCAAUACUUUUAGAUAA